UUCAGUUUCGGUUUUCUACAACUGGGUGGGUGCGAUAUCCUGUUUGACUCCUCUUUCUUAAGAAUAGAACUUUAGAGAAGGCCAGACGCAGCAGCAAGCUUUAGAGUGCCGAGCCAGGGUAGCAGAGACUCGUCCCUUGCAGUCAGUGGGAACAGCUCGCAGACAGGCUCAUUUUGAGGAUUCCUGGAGGCAGAAUCGCCACUUUAGACUGAGGUAGAGGUUACCAUAACAUCUAGUGCCAGCAUGGAGGCUCCCAUCUGCCUAGUGGAAAAUGAGAAUCAAGAGCUGAGAGUGAAUCCCGAAGCACUAAACAUUCUUGAGAGAAUUACUCAGCCUGUGGUGGUGGUGGCCAUUGUAGGACUGUACCGUACAGGGAAAUCCUACCUGAUGAACCGCUUAGCAGGACAGAACCACGGCUUCAAUCUGGGCACCACAGUGAGGUCUGAAACUAAGGGCAUCUGGAUGUGGUGUGUGCCUCACCCCAGCAAGUCAAAGUACACUCUUGUGCUUCUAGACACAGAGGGUCUAGGUGAUGUGGAAAAGGGUGACUCUAAGAAUGACUCCUGGAUCUUCGCCCUGGCUGUGCUUCUAAGCAGCACCUUUGUCUACAACAGCAUGAGCACCAUCAACCACCAGGCCCUGGAGCAGCUGCACUAUGUGACUGAACUGACUGAGCUGAUCAGAACAAAAUCCUCUUCACGAUCUGAAGAAGCAGAUGACUCUGAUGAGUUUGUGAGCUUCUUUCCGGACUUUGUCUGGACUGUUCGGGAUUUCACUCUGGAGCUGAAGUUAGAUGGACGUGUCAUCACAGCGGACGAGUACCUGGAGAAUGCCCUGAAGCUGAUUCCAGGCAGGGGUCUCAAAGCCCAAAAUGCUAACAUGCCUAGGGAAUGCAUCAGGCAUUUCUUUCCACAACGGAAAUGUUUUGUCUUUGAUCGACCUACAAAAGAAACAGAACUCUUAGUCCAUGUUGAGGAAAUACCAGAAGACGAGUUGGAUCCCAAUUUCCAAAUGCAAUCGAAAGAAUUCUGUUCUUACGUCUUCUCCAAUUCCAAGGCCAAGACCUUGAAAGAGGGAAUCAUUGUCAAUGGAAACAGACUGGCAACUCUGGUGACGACCUAUGUGGAUGCCAUCAAUAGUGGAGCAGUCCCUUGCUUGGAGAAUGCAGUGACCACUCUGGCCCAGCGUGAGAACUCCAUAGCUGUGCAGAAGGCAACUGACCACUACACUGAACGUAUGGCCCAGCGAGUGAGGCUCCCUACAGACACUCUCCAGGAGCUGCUGGAUGUGCACACAGCCUGUGAGAAGGAAGCCAUUGCUGUCUUCAUGGAGCACUCCUUCAAAGAUGAAAAUCAGCAGUUCCAGAAGAACUUGGUGGUUGCCAUAGAGGAACAUAAGGAAGAUUUCCUUCGACAGAAUGAAGCAGCAUCUCUCAGUUGCUGCCAGGCUGAGCUGAAGAAACUUGCAGAGUCCCUGAGGGAGAGCAUCUCACGUGGAGCUUUCUCUGUUCCUGGAGGGCAUAGACUCUACUUAGAAGCCAGAAAGAAGGUGGAGCAGGACUAUGAGCGAGUGCCCAGGAAGGGAGUGAAGGCAAAUCAUGUCCUUCAGAACUUCCUACAGUCACAGAUUACCAUAGAGGACUCCAUCCUGCAAUCAGACAAAGCCCUUACUGAUGGGCAGAAGGCCAUGGAAGCUGAGCGGGCUCAGAAGGAGGCAGCGGAACAAGAGCAGGAGCUACUAAGACAGAAACAGAAGGAACUGCAGCAAAUGAUGGAAUCUCAAGAGAGAAGCUACCAGGAAAAUAUGGUCCAACUACAUGAGAAGAUGGAGACUGAAAGGAAGAAUCUUUUGAGAGAACAAGAGGAAAUGCUAGCACACAAGUUGAAGGUCCAAGAAGACAUGCUUAAAGAGGGAUUUAAAAGAAAAUAUGAGGCACUGGGUGAUGAGAUAAGCCUACUACAAAAUGUGAUUGAAAAAAAUAGGAAUCCGAGUAGCUCAUUAGCUGCUCAAGUCUUCGAUGGGUUUGGAAAUGUGCUAAUUUCAGUAUUGCCUGGUGCUGGUAAGUUAUUUGGUAUAGGGCUGAAAAUUCUAAGCAGUCAAUUGAAAAAGUCAAAGAGUUCUUCUUAGAAAACUGUAGGUAUGGCGUCUUUAUUCCUGAGAAUUAUUUUUGAACUCUGUGUCAUGUUAACUUUAUUUAUUAAGUUUCAAAAACCAAGAAUGUACAUAAGUCACUGUCCACAAAUUGAUGUUAAGUCCUCAUUGCUGAUGACAAUACCUACAUAACUCAACUCAUUGGACAUGGAGAAGUCAAAGUCAAGCUGGUGCGCAUAGAACCUUCACCCCACAUGCUAACAUCUUUGGCACAGGGAUACACUCUGCAUGCUACCAAAGAAAAAUAAACAUCAAUCAGCCACAA